AUGAUUAAUUAAAAGCUGAUCAACAAUACAUAUACCAUCAAAAAGAGAAUAUCCUCUGGUUCUUUUGGAGUUGUUUAUUUAGGACAAGAAAUAAACACUCGAAAUUUUGUGGCUAUAAAAGUGGAUAAGGAAAAAAAAGAGGAGUCUAGUCUUUAAAGAGAAGCAGAGAUUCUGAAGAGACUAUAGCAUUUGAAACACAUUCCAAAAUUAUAUUGGUCAGGGAAGGACGGAGAUUCAACCUAUCUAGUGAUUCAAUACCUAGGAAGAGAUUUGACUCAUUACAUAAGAAAUUACAGAAAAUUUUCCUUAAAAUGCGUUCUUAAUAUAGCAGAACAAAUGAUUAUCAUCUUAGAAAGUUUACAUAAACACAAUGUGAUUCAUAGAGAUAUAAAACCAGAAAAUAUCUUGGUUGGAAAGGAGGAUGACGAAAAUCAACUUUUCAUUGUAGAUUUUGGAAUCAGUAAAUUCUAUAAAGAGUAAAACGAGUCGCAUAUAUCUUUUAAAGAGAAGUAACCCUUUAUCGGAACCACUCGAUAUGCAAGCAGCAAUGCUCACAAAAGACUAUCACUGAGUCGAAGAGAUGACAUGGAAUCGUUAUGUUAUAUGCUGAUCUAUUUACUAAAAGGUUAAUUGCCAUGGUAAAAUCUUCAAUUUACGUCAGAGGAGGAUAAGAUAAAUUAAGUUGGCCAAAUGAAAAUGAGACUGGAUUCAAAUGAAUUGUGCUAAGGAUUACCCAUAGAAUUUGCUAUUUAUUUAGAUUACGUGAAAGGAUUGCAUUUUAAGUUAGAGCCUAAUUAUAAAUAUUGUCUAUCGUUAUUCAGAAAGGUUUCAAAAGAACACAAUUUUUCAACGAGAGAUCUUAUUUUUGAUUGGGUAAUCUCUUAGAAAUCUGAGAGAGAUGGAUAAUCAUCUGAGAGGGAUGGGUAAUUAGCUGAGAGCAAUCCUUUUAAUAGCAAGCCUUCUUUAUUUAAAAAAUCCAAAGAUGAUCCUUUAGGUUCAUAAUUAAAUUAAUCAAUUGAAUAAGAAAAUAACUAAUUAAGAAAAAUGCCUGAUAAAAAGAGAUGCACUCUGACACCCGAGAUCAAUAGAAAAAAAAAUAGACUAUUGUCUGUUAACAGUAAUAAUGAUACUGUUUCAGAUAAUGACUUCAAUAAUAGUAUUAUGAUUGGAAUACAACCAAGUAUUCUAAGUAGACUAAGCAAGAUUUCUUUUAAUUCAAACUCAAAAUUCUAAAAUAGUAUAUCUAAUAAUUCAGUAAAUCCAAAUGUCAAUCAGUUCAAUCAUCUUCUUUCAAUUUCUCCGGAUUCUGAUUUAGAGAAUAUUCUUAAUGAAUAUCAACGAAAAUCUCAAACAAUUCAACCAUAUAAUCAAAUUCUAAAUGAUGAUGAUACUACCAUUGAAUUCCAGAUGAUGAAUGAAGGAGAUGAAGGAAUAGAGCGGAAAUAUAUAGAGCUUAAACUUCGUUUUAUUAGAGCUCGUUUUAAACCUAGACUAAACAAUAGCCUAAAAUGA